AUGGCGGCCGCGUUCGUGCUUCGCGGCCUGGGCCGAGCAAGGCCCGUGCUUCGCCCGCCGCCCGCGGAGCUGCUGCGGGCCCCGCGGCGCGGGCACCGGCUCACGCCGGCGGACGACGAGCUGUACCAGCGCACGCACAUCUCCCUGCUGCAGCGCGACGCGCCGCACGCCGCCUACGUGGAGAGCUACAGCAGCCGCGGCUUCGUGGUCAACGGGAACCGCGUGUUCGGGCCCUGCGCGCUGCUCCCGCACUCGGUGCUGCAGUGGAACGUAGGGUCCCACCUGGACAUCACGGAGGAAAGCUUCUCGCUCUUCUGGAUGCUGGAGCCCCCGCUAGAGAUCGUGGUGGUGGGCACCGGGGACCGCACCGAGAGGCUGCCCUCGCGGGUACUGCGCGCCAUGAGGCAGCGGGGCCUGGCCGUGGAGGUGCAGGACACGCCCAACGCUUGUGCCACUUUCAACUUCCUGUGUCACGAAGGCCGAGCGACAGGAGCCGCGCUGAUCCCCCCACCUGGAGGGACCACGCUCGCUCCUCUGGCCCAAGCUGCAGAGUGA